AUGCCUACUGUACCCUCACGCGGUGGCCCUUCGGGGUCGCGAUCGAUGCCUAUUCCUGUUACUUACGCGGGCGGAAAGGUGACGGCCAUGCAGAAGAGGGGCAUCGGUCGACCUGCUGGUCAACAGAGUACCGGCGGUAAAACGGUUCUUGGUGGCAAACGACACCGCAAGAUCUUGCGAGACAAUAUCCAUGGAAUCACCAAGCCCGCUAUUCGACGUCUUGCUCGCCGCGGUGGUGUGAAGCGCAUCUCAGCAGGCAUCUAUGAUGAUAUCCGAGCUGCGCUCAAAGCUCGCCUGGAGACUAUUCUCCAAAACUGUGUUAUCUACGUGGAAUACAGAAACGCCAAGACCGUCACCGUCCAGGAUGUUAUUCACAGUCUGAGCCGCAUGGGGCGCCCUCUAUGGGGGUUCGGCCGCGAAACAUACAACCCUAACAAGUAG